CCACGUGACAUGCGGAAGCGUCGCAGCUCAGGCAUGUCUCACCAGCGUGACCUACACAAGUUAAGCUUUUUGUAAGCCAAAGAAAAUUAAUUAUCAAUGACUGAAAAGCCUUCGUUGAAUAGCUGAAAUGGACCCCAACUUACAGUACUGGCAAAGCAAUGGACAGUCUUUUCUGAGCAGACUGCGUCUCUGGUUUAAAAUCCUCGACCCUAGUUCUGUGUUGUCAUCACAGGCUGAAAUUGAGCAGGCCCGGACACUUCUUAAGAAUGAGGGACAAAAACAAAGAAAUGAAAAAGUUGCUAAUGCCUGGUUGCUGUCUCUUUCAUCUGUCCAUCCUGAUACUGGAAGUGUAAUCUCACCAGUGUUUCGUUCUCAAGUUUUUCUACCUAUAUCUGCUCCCUUGGUUGUUGCAAGUUUAAUACCCCACAAAGGCAUUAAACCUGCAUUGUUCUGGCAAUUUUUGCUUCAGACAUACUGUGCAGGAUUCAACCAUGCUAACAGAAAUGCAACAGCAACUAAGGAUAACAAAACAUCAAUGAAGCAGUCCAUUCUUAUUGUCGGAACAGUUGCCUACUCAACAUUUGCAGGGGCUCUUCCUCAGAUUAUACUGAAUCGUUUUAGACUCGUCGGUGCUGUGGCUGAGACCUUCUCUAGAUCAUUGUUACCUAUUCCUCUCACAGCCUGUCUUGCUGCAUUCAGUGUAAUGGUGGUAAGAAGUGAAGAGGCUGAUAAUGGCAUACGAGUGUUUGAUUCUAACGGCAAUGCGGUUGGAGUCUCAAAGGCAGCUGGUUCGAAGGCCAUAAAGGAAACAGCCCUCUCAAGAGCGGCUCUCUUUGGCACCACUGCAGCUGUUCCCACUUUACUGCUGGCUCUCCUUAAAAGGGCAGAGUUUGUCAAGAGGAACCCAAUGAUAAUUGCUCCUGCUCGGCACAUCAGCACUGCCAUUAUUUUUGGUCUGAUGAUUCCUGUGUCCUUCAGUCUUUUUCCACAUUUUGGCAAGAUAAAGAAGGAGAAUUUAGAAGAAGAGUUUCAGUCACUUGACAGUAACGGCGAACUGUUUUACCACAAAGGACUGUAAUGUUGCCAUUGCGACUUCCCUGUUUGACUGUGAAUUUUAUUGACAGAUUUUGCGGACAGUAAAAACAAGUACACUAAACGUCCACUGCAUUUCAAUAACAUUUUAAGUUUUAAAAGCAUCUCAAAAUAGUUUGAGCUAUUAAACAAUGCUGUAUUAAUACUGAAUGACCAAAGGACGAAGUACAACUGGACGGUUUUGAAUUCAUAUAUUUAAUAGCUGCAUUUCAGGCUGAAAAGUGUUUUAAACACUGCAUUGAAGUGCAUUUUACCAAAUCAUGCUAAUAACACUGUUUGUUAGUGUCAAUAAAAUUCCUGUUGCCACUCACAUAUACAUUUUGUUUUUAUAUUUAAUGGUCACAUAUAUAUUUAACAAAGUAUCUGAGGAAACAGCACUUUUGACUGUGUAAAGGAUGAGGACAGUGUUAAAGAAAUCAGAGAAGUACAGUUUGGC